GGCGUGCCCGUGAGAUUCUCCCUUGUUUGGUUAAAGAUUGGAACCGAACUUAAAUAAUAGGUUCCAGUUCCCACCCUCCUGCGUUUACCUCCACCGAAGACUGUAAAACUCGAGAACAAAAAUGGCGAAAUCUCUCUCGUUAUCUCAUGUUUCUCUACUAAUUCUUCGACCCAAACUAAUAAAUUUUUCAGCAAAACUCUCCGUAUUACCACCUACUUCGAGAUUAAUCCUUCUCAAUAAAACUAUUUCAUCAUCCUCUUCCCUUUCUUUCUCUCCAACUGCAACUCCGUAUCCACUUCAAUAUGACCUCAUUAUAUCUCGACCAUCUCCUGACUCCCUUCCUCCAUCUCGACGUAGAAAAUCUCUUGGACCCAUUUCAGCAACCCCCAGUGACUCAGAAUCAUCCUCUGAAACAACUCCUCUGGAUAAUUGGGUUGACAAGAAAAUGUCAUCACUUGAUAAAUCAAAGAGAAAGUAUUAUAAUAAGAGGAGACAAAGAAUGUAUGGGUCUGAUGAAUCAGAUGAUGAUGGAAAAGUUGAAGAAGAUAAAUAUAUUGAAUUGAAACAAGAAGUAGUUGAGUUUCCAAGUCUACAUAAAAGAGAAGAAGAGAUGUAUUUUUAUGAUGCUUUUUCUUAUCCAUGGGAGAAAGAUAAACAUUAUAAAAUGGUUUAUCAAUUAGAAAAGAAGUAUUUUCCUGAUCAAUGUUUAGAUAAAGCAUUUGUUCAACCAGGACAAGUGAAACCAAAAGGAAAAGCAAAGGGAUCGAGUCAUAAGGAUGAUGAGAGUAAGGGGAGUGGAGAGAGUGAUAAAGGUAUGGUUUUCUUUGACGAGGAAGAAGGGAAUAAGGGAAACAAAGACAUGUUGAAAUUACCAGGCAAUGGUAUUGUUAAAGAUGUUUCAGAGAAGAAAGUUGAGGAGUUCUUUAAGUGUUCGAAGAAAGUACCAAGUGAAGGUGGUGGUGAAAUUGCAUCGGGGCCAUAUUUGCUGACUAGGAAGACGGAAUUACCACCAAGAUUUGACGGUCCUUAUGGGACUGUUGUUCUAGUGAACAAACCCAAAGGAUGGACCUCGUUUACUGUGUGUGGAAAGCUACGUCGCCUGGUCAAAGUGCAAAAGGUUGGGCAUGCUGGGACUCUUGAUCCUAUGGCUACUGGUCUACUGAUCGUUUGUGUUGGAAAAGCUACUAAGGUGGUGGACAGCUAUCAAGGUAUGGUAAAGGGUUAUAGUGGAGUUUUCCGAUUAGGCGAGGCUACUUCGACUUGGGAUGCCGAUUCACCGGUCACUCAACGUGAGCCAUGGGAACACAUUAAAGAUGCUGAAAUAAAAAAGAUUGCUGCGUCAUUUUGUGGGGAGAUUUGGCAAGUUCCACCAAUGUUCUCCGCCAUCAAAGUUGGAGGUGAAAAGAUGUAUGAUAAAGCAAGACGAGGAGAAACUGUUGAGCUUGCACCCAGGCGGAUCUCUGUAUUCCAGUUUGACAUAGAACGGAGCUUAAGUGACAGACAAAAUUUGGUAUUUCGGGUUACCUGCUCGAAAGGGACAUAUAUCCGGUCUCUCUGUGCAGAUCUUGGAAAGGCUCUUGGGAGUUGCGCUCAUUUAACUGCUCUCCGAAGAGACUCAAUUGGAGAAUAUUCAGCAGAUGACGCUUGGGAUUUUCCAGAACUUGAACAAGAAAUAACCAAAUCCUAUUUCUAAGAAUACAACAAUUAUUUAUUUUUAUAUCAGUUUUUGCAUUUAUUUUAUUUUAAUGAUGGUAGCCGUAUUCACUUAGAUUUCAGGUGCAAAGAUUUAUCUUGUUCCACCAACCUGAGGAUUAUAUUGGAGGUCUAUGUAUGCCAUUAAGAACCGUUUGUAUA